UGCUGCCCGCAAAGUUAUAAUCACGCCAGCACAGCAGCGGCAGCAGCAGCAGCAGCUACAACAACAGCAGUAAUGGCCGCUUUCCGCAGAGUGGCAGCGCUGGCCGGUAAGCUAAACCUCUUGUCGGCGGCAAGAAACGAGCUCGUCGGUGGUCAAACGGCCAGUGGAGGAGGAACACGGAGGUGUCUGGCUGUCGGGAUGUGUCUUGCAACGGGAGGCGCCGUGGCGCUUUACUUCUACAACGAUAUGACGAGCGGCAGAGGCAGGAAGAGGAUGGGGAGUCACAGCAUCAACGGUUUGCUACCGUCCAUCCCGACCGUUGAAGCCAAGGAGAAGGCACGUCUGUUUGACUUUGAGGAUGGAGACGUGUACAUGUCGUCCCAUGAGCAUCGCUUCCGCAUGUUUAGCUCUGUGGAGUAUGAUGGGCAGCUGUACAUGACUCCACAGAACUUCAUCGAGUCGGUCACCAUGAACGAACCUAGAAACAAGAGGCCCUGGAGGUCCCUGGCCAAACAGGAGCUGGAAAAGGUUUUGUCAGAAACUCCCCCAGUAUGGAGAGGAUCCUCCAAACUGUUCCGCAACCUGAGAGAACGAGGCAUCAUCUCAUACACAGAGUACCUGUUCCUGCUCUGCAUCCUGACAAAGCCCCAUGCUGGCUUCAAGAUUGCUUUCAAUAUGUUUGAUGCAGACGGCAACCAGAUGGUGGACAAGAGGGAGUUCUUGGUGCUUCAGGAGAUCUUCCGGAAGAAAAAUGAGAAGAAAGGGAGAAAAGGAGAUGCUGAGAAGUCGGCACAGUUGAGUAUGCAGCUCUAUGGAUAUCAGGUUGCCCCCAUGAACAGCGUGCUUAAAAAAGACAGUCAGGAGUUUGUGGCGCGGAGUUACUGGGACGUUCUGAGGCGAAGCGCCAGUCAAGUCCUCUUUUCUGACCUGGCGGAGGAUUUUACUCUCGAGCGAGCAGAUGAGAGUAUCACGAUUGACACCACCCUGUUGGUCCAUUUCUUUGGGAAGAAAGGGAAGGCAGAGCUCACAUUUGAUGACUUCUACAGGUUUAUGGAUAACCUUCAAACAGAGGUGCUGGAAAUUGAGUUUCUGACCUACUCUAAAGGGAUGACCACCAUCAGUGAGGAAGACUUUGCCAAAAUCCUGCUUCGCUUCACCAAUGUGGAGAACAUCAGUGCCUACCUGGAGAAUGUCCGCCAGUGUAUACCUGACGAGAAGAAGCAGGAGGGAAUCACUUUUGAUGAGUUCAGAUCAUUCUUCCAGUUUCUCAACAACCUCGAGGACUUUGCCAUUGCCAUGCAGAUGUACAAUUUUGCUUCCCGCUCCAUUGGACAAGAUGAGUUCGCACGAGCGGUGUAUGUGGCCACUGGGCUGAAGCUGACACGUCACCUUGUACACACCAUCUUCAAGAUCUUUGACGUGGAUCAUGAUGACCAGCUCUCCUAUAAGGAGUUCAUUGGAAUAAUGAAGGAUCGGCUGCACAGGGGAGGCAGGGGCUAUAAAUCUCUGGAGCGCGCCACAUCUUUUAAAUCCUGUCUGAAGAGGGAGCUGGCAGGCAGCAGGUGAAGGGCCGACACCACACCUCCUUCUCCGCCUGUGUUCGCUCUGGGGCCAGAAGACAAGUGCACCAGCUCUGGAAGAGGUACACAGAGAAGCUGUAGAGGAGGAGGGAGAAAGAAGGCAGAAAAAAACAUGAAGGAAAAAGUGUGAUGAUGGCAUAAAGUAAAACUUGAGCUCUGACUUUUAUAGCCAGUGGCGUGGGUUAACAUUGUGUUUUUAAGGGCAGAUCUCCAUUCCACUUCCAAAGCAACUACAAUAACUACAAGCAUGCCUGCACACGGCUGACUGACACUCUGUAUCACUGUAUGAUGAUAAUGAGCAACAUAUCUCCUGUUCUGGUUCCUGUUUUCUCAGCCGUCUUGAUCUGAUGCCAAAGUACAUUACGAUUUACAGUGUAUAUAACGAAGAUUAGACUAUGACUUUAAUCUCCAAGCAUGGCACCUCCUCAACAGUCAGUAGAACUGCAACUAAUGAUUAUUUCUAUUUUGGAUAAAUCUACCUUUUUUAAAAGCUAUGAAAAAAAUUUUAUAACAAUAAUAUAUAGCUAUAACUAAGCAAGUUACAGCAUGUUUAAAGUUCUACCAGCCAAAUUAUAUUUUCACUUAAUGAACGACAUUUCCCAUUACUAAUUAAAACUAUAUAUAUAUGCCUUUUUAGGUAAUAAUAAUUAGCUGAACUGCUGCACUACAAACUGUAACAACUUAAAGAGCACAACAGUAUUAAAAAAACUAAUGUAAUUAACUAACAGUAAUGUUAGUUAAUAUAUAGCAGAAGACUGAAAUUGUGGGAAUGAACGAACAUGUUAAUAUGUAUUGUCUUCACCUCUUUAUAAUUAUCUGUCUUUUUUUACUUACAUUUUGUUUGAUCUCAUCUAGCCAGUUGAUGUGAUGCUUUGCACUAAGAGAGUAUAUAAACACUAUUGCUACAGUAAGGAUGCUAUAUUAUCCUAAUAUAACUACAGCACCGAUUUAUUUGACCUGGAUUUGACAUCGGAUGGGAUUUUGUAAUCUAGUAAUUGUAUUGUAAUUUCAAUAUUUGACAUGUCUUGAACCUGUUUUGUGUCUUAGUUGCAUGUAUGACAAUAUAUGUCUAUAUAUGACAUAGAUGUCCACAUAGGUGCCUUCUUUCCAUUCCCUUUGUCAUCCGAAAUUUUUUUUUAGCACUAUGGAGCUUUUAACAGUAACAGAAAAACAUGUGCAUUGAUUGCAUUAUAUGUAGGCAUACUGUCUGUGAUUAUCACCCAAUCUUUAAUGUUGUAAUAUAUUAGAAAUCAUUUAAAUUUUAUUUUUGAAUGUCUUGGUGUGAAAUAUGGAAUAUUUUUUGAAUAUAUCGAAAUUAAGGAACUCUAGACAUGAAAAAAAUGGAAUGUUACUCCUCAUAAUGUAAAUUAUUCUCAUCAUGUUGCAAUAAUUAAUGUAUUGGUCACCUCAGUGGACCUGGUGGAUUAAUGUUCAUGCAUGAAUAAACUAUUUUAAGAAUA